UUUCAGACGAAGUUUGUGCCGGUGGCGAUAAUCGUCCGAAUCCACUAGUAGUCGAUCAACUCGUGAAUCGAUUAACAAAGAAGAAACGCGACGAUCCGGCAUUUUACUUUUCUUCCGAAGAACCGUUGAGCAACACGUUAUUCACCGAAAUGGGCGUUCAGGUUGUGCCGAUGUCUAAUGGAGACCAAUCUACUUUCCCAAAAACCGGUCAAGUUGCUGUUGUGCAUUACACCGGUACGCUGGAUAACGGAACCGUGUUCGAUUCGUCCCGUACCCGCGGAAAGCCAUUCCGUUUUACCGUAGGACGCGGUGAGGUCAUCCGCGGAUGGGACGAAGGUGUUGCUCAGAUGUCAGUCGGACAACGUGCCAAGCUUAUCUGUUCGCCAGAUUACGCCUACGGCAGUCGCGGUCACCCUGGUGUGAUUCCUCCGAACGCUACCCUCACCUUCGACGUUGAACUGUUGCGGGUAGAAUGAGUCAUUUAACAAAAUAAUUUACAAGACAUUACAACAGGUUACAACAAAUCAAACAUUUAACUACACAAACGAACAGAAAUAUUGAAGCAAUCCCUGGAUCCGGGCCUGAUUAAUUAACUUUAACCUUCUACGCGUAGCGCGGGGGGAAACAGCAACAGAUAGAUUAGCUUCAACCAGCGAUCGAUGAUAGGAUGAGAAAGGUCGUGCUUAUCUGUAGGUUUUCAAUCGAGCCCCUCGUGCUGCCAAACCAACGUUGAAAUAGGAUGAACAAAUCAGCAAACAAUGCAUUUAUACUAUUUCCUGUUUAGAAAAUUUAUUAUUAGAAGGAAAAUUGUGCUCUGGGAAAAAAAUCUUUUUUUUGUUGUUGUAAAUCUAUGCUUCUUGGGGCGAAGCUAUUUGUCGCCCAGUUUAUACAAGUACGUAGUUGUGCACACUUGCUCUGGUAGCAGGUUCCAUUCUUUUCCAGUGCAUCUUCCGUUUUGCGAUUCCGUAAAGAACUCAAGUUUGAAAAUUGUCAUAAAAUUAUAAUGUUCCAAUUAACGUUCUAACAAAAUAUAUGCAUAUGUAUUCUCUAUCACAGUAAUAGAACAAAACAGUA